GGUUCUACUUCAGUUGGAUGGUUUUCACCGGCGCGCGAGACAACAGCCAACAGAAGACCUUGCGAUUCGGCUCGGAUUCAGGUCUGGAUAAAGCUCAAGUGGGAGUGAGCCCUGUGUAGUCUUUGCUGCUGAUAGCUCCCGCCUCCUUGCAACAAAUUUAGUGAAGUCGCCAUGUCUUCGAUUCUGAGAGCUCUUCCAUUUAUCGUACAGCAUUCUAGGUCAUUCGCCUCCGUAUCUUUUCCGUUCUGUCGUAAAUUUCAGAAAUGCGAAUCAUUUAGGGUGUUCAAGAGGAGAAUUUCCAUCGCUUCUGCUGCUUCUCAUUCGAAGGAAACCUUAGUUGCCGAUCCCAAACCUGUCAUCCCUGUCAAGGAAACUCUUGAAUGGGUUAGCAGGACCAGGCUUUGUAGUGAUUUAUCGGUCGACGACGUCGGUAAACGCGUUCGGCUAUGUGGUUGGGUCGCGCUUCAUAGAAUUCACGGAGGUGUUACUUUUCUAAAUCUCAGAGAUCAUACGGGAAUCGUUCAGGUUACAACUCUUCCCAAUCAGUUUCCUGAUGCCCAUUCCACCGUGAAUGAGUUGAGACUUGAGUAUGUAAUUGCUGUGGAAGGUAUUAUUCGUUCUCGACCAAGUGAGUCUGUCAAUAUGAAGAUGAAGACUGGCAUGAUAGAGGUCACUGCAGAGCAUGUUCAAGUAUUAAAUUCUGUCAGAUCUAAGCUGCCCUUCCUGGUUACCACUGCGGGUGAUGCGAAGGAGUUCCCCAAGGAGGAGAUUCGUUUGAGGUGGCCCAGGAAUCUUUAGAAAAGGUGGUCAUGGAGUUUUAUCAAUGCACAUCUGUUUGUUGGAUCAUCAUUUGUGAACAUUGAGGGAGUUUAUUGAUUUACCUUUUCAAACUCUAGCUUUUAUAAGCUGGGGUCCUUUGUAACCGUGAUCCAUUGUCCUUUGUUGACAGUGAUCCAUUGACCUUUUUUUAAUGAUUAAUUUGGGUAAUGGAGCAAGAUUUCAUGGA